AUGCAACUUGUUGAUACACCCGUGACACCUAAAAAGCUAUUUGAGGUAACGUACCAAGAAACAACUCAAAUUACCGAAUGCAGCUGCAAUAAAUUCAAUAGAGUAGGAAUCCUGUGUAGGCAUGUGUUGGCCGUUUUCAAGGACGAAGAUGUACAAGAAAUACCGGGGAGGUAUAUUGUUCCUCGCUGGACAAGAGAUGCGGAUGCACAACCAAUGUACGAUAUAGUGUGGAAGGCAACAAGUAAUACGCAUGGGGGAAAUGAAAGAAGAACCGUUGCCAACAAACUUUGGAAUGAAUUUUACAAUUGCAUGGGUUUAGCUAAUGGAUGGCCAGACCAAAUGGAGGCAAUGUUGACAACAUUGCAACAGCUAAAAGCAACAUUACAAAGUGCCACCCAACAUUGCAACCCCAGUGCCACCCCCCAAUCAGUAAUAGAAUCAAUAGUCAAUGCUACCGCACCUAGUGAAAUACAAAUCAAGACACCCAGUGUAGCAAAGAACAAAGGUAGUGGAAAAAGAUUGAAGAGCAACAAAGAAAAAGCAUGUGAGAAAAACAAGAAAAAAGUGAGGAAGUGCGCUACAUGCGACAAGCCAGGGCACGACAGCAGAAAUUGCGUUGAAAACAAAGAACUCCCAUAG